ACACCUGUUAAUAAAAAUAGAAGAGUUUUAAAUAAAACUCAACAUUUUACUCAAAUUGUGUUGGGCAUUUCCUGCUGAACAAAUUGCGGUGCUUUCCGUAAUGAUCAGCAAUACAAUAGUUCUUAUCAGUUCGCAGAAGUGUUGGCCUGUUCACUAUGAAAACGGGGUCGUGCGCUGACCAUCGUAUCCAACCGGAAAUGACCACACAGAUCCAGCGACAAGGAGAUUUCGUUUCCAUUCACUAACCGGAAUGAUAUCAUACACGCUACUACAACGCUUCUGUGCAGCCUAUUUCCCAUCCUUCUGGAUUUGCUAACAAGCGAUACAUUCGGAAAAUUUAACAAUUUACUGUAAAUUUUGCCAAAUUACGUGAUACUAUUUUUAUGAUGCGACCGGCUGAUAUGGAACGAUAUUGCGGCCACACAGCCCACACUCCCAUAUAUCCAGCCAAUCAGCGCAUUACAUAAAGCAUGCCAGGCAUUAAUCGAACGCGCAAUCACAUAAACAUAUUUACCGAUUUGGGGAAAAAUGGAACCUAAACUAAAGAAGAUAAGUUACUUGACAAUUUUGAAAUCUGUAUAUAAAGCCAUAAAAAUCUUCGUUUUCUCAACAAAUUCUUGAACUUUUCUUUGAUUUAGACUUUAUAACUGUCAUUUGAAGUAUUUUCAUAACUCCCAACGUUAUUUCGCAACGCUGCCACAAUGAAACUGUUCGUACUUGCUGUAAUUGUCGCCGUUGUUGCCGCCGAAGAGGGGCAGAAGAUGGACCAGAAGAAGAAAGAGAUAGCGAUGAACAUGCUGAUGAUGGACGCCAAGGACAUGAAGCACUGCAUGACGGACGCCGAAUGCACGGACGCAGCCCGCCCGAAGUGCUGCACACAUAUGCGCCUGUGCGGACCAGCUGACAUGCCCAGUGCGGACAAAAUGCAAAAGCAAAGCUGCAGCAGCAACGCGGACUGCAAAGCGGCUCACCGAUGCCACAAUGGAAUGUGCCACUUCACCGGGCCCAAAGGAUGCGACUCGAAUGCCGACUGCAUGCAGGGAGUGGACGGAAUGAUGAUGGACUGCAUGGAGAUGCCGAAAUCCAUGCCCGGAAAACGAUGCUGGGCCAAAUGCACCAUGGACAAAGACUGCCACAACUGCGAUGGAGCUGAUGGCAAAUGCCGCAUGCCGGAAGAAUUCAGAGCAAAAAUAGGAUGUUGUGACGGACACUGUCAAAAGAAAUCGGCUUGCAAUGCUUAAACAGCACUCACAUUAUAUAAAUAACGUAUUUAGAUAUAUGUACGCCAAGUGCUAUGUGUAUUUUCUUGGUUUUGUCUAAAUAUGUAUUUGAUGUAAUGGUCAAUCAUGUUCUGCAAUUAAUUGUGAAGCAAAUGGAACACAUGCACUGCAGUAUUACCUAGUAGCGCAGUAUCAGUAUGCACCUUGUAUUUACCCCUAAUUAAAAAAUUA